CAUCCGGAUAUAUCUACAAAAUGUGGCCACCGAUGUAACUGCGCAUCGUAACAUAACAAGCCGCGUGCGCAAGCGAGAGCGACAAUGACAUAUACCUAUCCGUCGCGCUUCCAUAAAUUUCCACAAUUGACAAUAUCAGCUGAUAUCUGAACGUCGGCCGCAGCGGUCGUGUCGAGUCUACAUUAACGUUACUCAGUCAUGCCGCGAUAGUGAUACGCUAUGGAAGUGCUAAACGCGUCGCCCUCGCUCCGGCAGCGCGGCGUCAGUGCCAGUGAGAAUCAUGAGUUAAACCAGUGCCCUAGUGUCAUGUCUCCGGAAACCAAGCGGCUGCUGCCGCCAACUACGGAGACCAUCUUGACCAAACCCUUCCCCAUUAGAGGUGAAAGGGCGAACUAUGUGAACAUUCCCCAUGUGAUUGCCAUGGUGGGGCUCCCGGCGCGGGGGAAGACCUACAUCUCUAAGAAGCUUUCCCGAUAUCUCAACUGGAUAGGAAUCAAUACAAGGGUAUUCAACCUAGGCGAAUACCGGCGGCACGCCACAACCGCAUACACGUCACACGAGUUCUUCAGAGCAGACAAUAUAGAAGCCAUGGCGAUCAGACAGCAGUGCGCGCUCGACGCGUUAAAAGAUGUCUGCGAGUGGCUGGUCAAAGGGGGGGAGGUCGCGGUGUUUGACGCGACGAAUUCAACGCGGGAGCGCAGGCGCAUGAUCCGCGACAUCGUAGUACACGAGAUGGGCUUCAAAUUAUUCUUUGUGGAGUCCAUCUGUGACGACCCACGCAUUAUCGAGCAGAACAUUAUGGAAGUGAAAGUGAGCAGCCCCGACUACACGAACAUCCAGAACACUGACAACGUGCUGAACGACUUCCUACUACGGAUUGAACACUACAAGGAGAAAUACGAGCCUUUGGAGGAGAACCUCGAGUCGGACUACAGCUUUAUGAAGAUCUACGACACGGGAGAGAAGGUAGUGGUUCACAAACACGAAGGACACAUACAGAGUCGGAUAGUCUACUACCUGAUGAACAUACACAUAGUGCCACGGACCAUAUAUUUGACUAGGCACGGCGAAAGCGUGCACAACAUCGUAGGCCGCAUCGGCGGCGACAGCGCGCUGUCUCCCCGCGGCACGCAGUACGCCAGCGCGUUAGCGCGCUACAUCGACGCUCAGGCCAUCCCUGGGCUGCGUGUGUGGACGUCGUGGAUGCGGCGCGCCAUACAGACGGUUAAGGACGUCAAGGCGCCACAGGAACGGUGGAAGGCGCUCAACGAGAUAGAUGCUGGCAUCUGCGAAGAGAUGACCUACGCCGAGAUCCAAGAAAAGUACCCUUCAGACUUCAACGCGCGGGACGCGAACAAGUUCGCAUACAGAUACCCCCGGGGAGAAAGCUACGAAGACUUAGUAGCGAGACUCGAACCUGUUAUCAUGGAGCUGGAGAGACAGGGGAACGUGCUGGUGGUGUCACACCAGGCGGUCAUGCGGUGUCUACUGGCGUACUUCCUUGACAAGUCUGCUGAGGAGCUCCCCUACCUCCACGUGCCGCUGCACACGGUCAUCAAACUCACACCAGUCGCGUACGGCUGCCGCGAGGAGCACGUCGCGCUCGCCGUGGACGCGGUGGACACGCACCGCCCCAAGCCCUCUGGCGAAGAAGAAGAGGACAAAACAGACAUAUAGAGAACGUGAUACCAGCGCCUCUAAUCACGGCGCCAGUACCCCCGGUACUAAACGGAGACUUGAACGGCGACAACGCCGACAACGACCAGUGUGAAAAACAUUAAUAUACCUAUUAAGGUGCGUUGGGGUAAGUUUGAAAGGGCCCCUCAUGCGGGGCAAGAUGAAAAGUCGACAGUAAUGUUUCGGCAUACGGACGAUUUAUUGUCUUACCCCUCAUGAAAAACCCUUUCCAAUCCUUACCGCAACGCACUUUAUACCUGGGCAAUUUCACUUAAAAGUGUACCAUUUACUUUUUUCGAAAAUCCAUCAACUUUUGGGUUAUUUCUACUCAGAAUCACGAGGACUAUCGAUUUAAUAAGAAAAAAAUGUCCUGUCAGUUUUGUAACGCAUUUUCACAUACAUUUUGUAUGGACCGUUACAAAACUGACACCCAAAAUUUGUAUGAAAAACUGAGGACAUAAUUUUUCUUUGUCUCAUUCAAUAGUACUCUUGAUUUUGAGUCUAAAUAACCCAAAACUUGAUGGUUUCUCAAAAAAAGUUAAUGGUACCAUUUUUUCUGAAAACCCCCACCUACAGGACUUUGUACAGGACAUGUAAAGUCCCUCUAACGCUGGUACCAGUACAAUUUUGUUGUCCAAUGUGUAUUUGCGUCUCACAUUUUUCUUAGUGAGAGAGUGAGACGCAAUGCACAUUGGACCAAGAAAUUGUACAGUAAUACCAACCUAAGCUAACUUUGCAUCGAUUAAAAUGAACAAAGUGAGGGUCAUAUUUUCAUAGAAAUUUGACAUAGGUAAUAAUGAUAUUGCCACACUAUGCCAUUGCAAAUUCCAUGCAGAGUUAGCUUGGUCCGACUAGCAACGCAUGAUAUCUCUAAAUUAUCGUACCAAGUACAUUUAAAAUACUUUUAAGUAUUUAUAUAUAGAGAUGUGUCAACUAUGCUAAAAAGUGCUGGAUUUUAUGUACAUACAGGGUGGGAAAAAAUAAGUGCAUUCCCGUUGCCAGGCAGGUUUUGGGAUUAUACUGAGCAACUUUUACUAUGGGACCAACCACGAAAUCGCAAAAAAAAUUUACCCUCCCAUAGAAAAUGGACCAGCCAAAAUGUAUGAAGCGGCCAAUUUUUUUUUUCGCGAUUUCGGGGUUGGUCUCAUAGUAAAAGUUGCUCAGUAUAAUCCCAAAACCUCCCUGGCAACGGAAUGCACUUAUUUUUUUGCCACCGUGUAUAUGGAAUAGAGGUUCUGGGAUUCAGAAAAUGGCUUAGAGACCAUCUGUGCCGAUUUUGCAGCGAUAAAAUGUGGGCGGUAAAGUUGACGUUAGCUGUGGCAUUCCUUCACUUUGCCGUGUCGGUGCAAAGUUGGCUUGGUCUGACUCUAGGCAUCUCUAGAUAAUUUAUUAUGUUUAUCACCCGCAAUAACAUCUUGCACAACGAGCCUGGCUAAUGUUUCCUUUAAAAAUGUCUCAGCUACAAUAAUGCCAAAAACAUCUUCAUUUGCACAAUAUUUCUUAACUGAAACAUUUUUGAAGUUGACUUCACUGUACACAUUGUAAUAUAAAUUUAACGUUUUUCAAAAGUAUCACUAUCAGUUGUCGAUAAAGGUUAUUUCUAAGCGAAUCAUUAUAGCAAUAUCGGCUUGUUGACAACUUAUAAAGUGAUAAAUAUCGAUUAUACAAAAUAUCCAAUAUUAUUUAUAGAUAUCGACAGUGACUCUAAACGCCACUUGCACCAUCCGACUAACCCGGGGUUCACCAGUAAAAUCGUCAACCUAGUGGCAAAUGGUACUGGUUACCAUGGUAACUCCAGGUUUAACCGGGUAACCCCGGGUUAGUGGGAUGGUGCAAGUGGCGCUAAAUGGAUGUAAUUUUAACUCAUUGUGGUGGCUUGUACCGUCUGUGAAGUUGAAUUGGAGACUGAUAAGUGAGUCUUCUAUCUUCUAAGUCCGUGUCCGUGAAAUAAAUCUUAUCAUUUCACUCUCUCGAAAUCUUAUCAUUUCACUCGAGAGAUAGUGCUGGGACAAAAAAAAAGAUCUUUCAAAAUACAUGCUUGGAACUUGCUUAGUGCAUUCGAAUUUCGUAAAUUUUUACUUUUUUUUGAAACCGUUGUUGUGAAAUAUUUGUAAGCUGAAUUGUUACUUUCGGUUUUUAAUAAUUAUUAUAACUGACUUAGUAUCAAAAUGGGACUUUUCGGUAGUUUAUUUAUUUAUUUAUUUAAUCUUUAUUGCACAAAAGAAAACCUUACAAUACAAAGGCGGACUUAAUGCCAUAAGGCAUUCUCUACCAGUCAACCUUAAGGCUAAGCAGUGAAAUUGUGGGCGGUGCUACAAAUACAACAGCAAAAAUAAAAUAAAAAUAACAUAUAAUCACAUAUAUACAAAUAUAAUAUAUAUAUACUAUAUAUAUGUAUAUUAGUUGUCAAAAAUCAAGAAUUAAAUAGUGUCCAUACAUUGAAAGUGAUAAUAUAUUAACACGCUUGAUAUUGACGUAAAAACACAAACUAAUAUUUAUAACUUAACCCUUAAAUGCAUAGUGUAGGAUGCAGCUUACACAACAAAAACAUCUAACUUUUUACAUAAUUAGAUAGUGUAUUUGUUCCUAUAUAUUAUUUCAAUAGUAAAACUAAUCCGUUUUCCGAUUUUUUACUUCAAUUUACGCAAUAAUAUAAUUUAUAAAAAUUAUAUUCGUUUUAAGACGAAAAUCCAGAAUUUGAUAGGUUUUACAUAUUUAAUUUUGGACAUUUGUAAUUAUAUUUGUGAUAUUUUAUAUUUAAAAACUUUGUCAUUGGUGUAUCACAAAUACUGUACCUUUCUGAUGGUAGUAAGUAUUUUCGUAUAUCCUACUGAAAAUUAUAUAUUUACAUAAAUCGCUUACCAUCAGGUGAUCCGUCUGCUCGUUUGCCUCCUAUUUCAUAAAAAAUAAAAAAAUAUAAAAAAUAUGAUUUAACCUAGAGUUAAACCAAGAAAAGUCUGCAGAGAUUUUGACGGCAUACGCAGUGCAGGUGUUAUUUUAAACGUCAAACUUCUACCAAAUUAUGACGUAUAAAUAACACUGGCACUGCGUGUGCUGUCAAAAUGUGCAGAUUUUUCUUGGUCUAACUCUAUACAACUUCUAACACUGAUUUAUUAUAAUUUUUUUACCAUUUUCUACAUUCAGCAAACAAUUACGUAACAAAUAUAUUAAUUUCGGGCUAAAAUAAAAAAUCAUGCAUUUAAGGGUUAAAGCAAUACAAAUCUUAUUUUAUUAACGAUAAAAUUGAAAUUCCCUUGACACGAUUGAGAAUGAAACAAAACGACUGCGUUUCAGGUAAUUUUUUAAAUAAGAAAUACAAGCUUUUCUUGCGCUACUUCACUCGCCAAUGCAGGUUUAUCAUCCUUGUCUAACCUAAUAAAGUGAAAAGGGGAUGGCAUGAUAUACUUCUGCUGAUCGAAUUAAUAGCAAAAAUGUCCAGCACAUAUAUUUUUAUAAGCGCUCCAGUUUCGCCUACCAUCGUCAUAUUGAUAUAUGUAGGUAGGUUUACAAACAAUGGUUUACAUAUGGCUAUGUAUAUGACAUGUAUGUAAUUAAUUUAAUGUUUAUUAUAAGUGUAUUUUUAAGUGGG